CCGGAAGUGAGGCCUGAUGUAAACACCAGAGCAGGGCGUCAAGGCCCGGGAGGUCAGAAAGCCGGGCCGCGGGCGGCACCGAGAACUGGAGCUGGGAUCGGGGACGCACAGUGUUCAGGGAAGUAAUCCUGGACCAUGACUCAGCAGCCACUUCGAGGUGUGACCAGUCUGCGUUUCAACCAAGACCAAAGCUGCUUUUGCUGCGCUAUGGAGACAGGUGUGCGCAUCUACAACGUGGAGCCAUUGAUGGAGAAGGGGCAUCUGGACCAUGAGCAGGUGGGCAGCAUGGGCCUGGUGGAAAUGCUGCACCGCUCCAACCUGCUGGCCCUGGUGGGCGGUGGUAGCAGCCCCAAGUUCUCAGAGAUCUCAGGGGUAGGUCUUGUGUCACCAGGGCUGCCCCUCACCCUACACGUUGGCCCCGACAACACACCCACCUGCCAAGCAGUGCUGAUCUGGGACGAUGCCCGGGAGGGCAAGGACUCCAAGGACAAGCUGGUGCUGGAGUUCACCUUCACCAAGCCAGUGCUGGCUGUGCGCAUGCGCCAUGACAAAAUCGUGAUCGUGCUGAAGAACCGCAUCUAUGUAUACUCCUUCCCUGACAAUCCCCGAAAGCUGUUUGAAUUUGACACCCGGGACAACCCCAAGGGGCUCUGUGACCUCUGCCCCAGCCUGGAGAAACAACUGCUAGUGUUUCCAGGACACAAGUGUGGGAGCCUACAACUUGUGGACCUGGCAAGCACAAAGCCUGGCACUUCAUCUGCUCCAUUUACCAUCAAUGCACAUCAGAGCGACGUGGCCUGUGUGUCUCUGAACCAGCCAGGCACGGUAGUGGCCUCGGCCUCUCAGAAGGGCACACUUAUUCGCCUUUUUGACACACAGUCCAAGGAGAAACUGGUGGAAUUGCGUCGAGGCACUGACCCUGCCACCCUCUACUGCAUCAACUUUAGCCAUGAUUCCUCCUUCCUGUGUGCAUCCAGUGAUAAGGGCACAGUCCAUAUCUUUGCUCUCAAGGAUACCCGCCUCAACCGCCGUUCUGCGCUGGCUCGCGUGGGCAAGGUGGGGCCUAUGAUUGGGCAGUAUGUGGACUCUCAGUGGAGCCUGGCGAGCUUCACCGUGCCUGCUGAGUCAGCCUGCAUCUGUGCUUUUGGUCGAAAUACUUCCAAGAAUGUCAACUCUGUCAUUGCCAUCUGUGUAGAUGGGACCUUCCACAAGUAUGUCUUCACUCCGGAUGGAAACUGCAACCGAGAGGCUUUCGACGUGUACCUUGACAUCUGUGAUGAUGAUGACUUUUAAGGACCCUGUGGGUUGUGCUAGGGACCUUCAAUGGCAGAUUGCAAAGCCUUUGUGGGGGUGGGAGUGCUGUGGAAGCGCCACCCAGGAUACAUUAAUGGAGCGGGUGCCCACUUUGCACUCUUAAGAGCAAUGCCCAAACAGCUCAGUUGCCCCAAGCACUUCCUGAUGACUGUGUGCCUGCAGGGCCAGGCCAGGGACCCAGGGAGACAGUGGACCCCCUGGAGCUCCCAGCCUGAAGAAAACUAUGGACCCAGAGUGGGUACCCUAAUCAAACCUGUGGGGAUUUUUAAAAAACUUCCCAGAAAGAGAUGCUCUCUGAUGUGAUGAAUAUAAAUAAAAGGCCCUUAAUAGUAUUUAUGACUG